AUGCUUCAAAUGGGCCAGCCACGCCAUCAAAAUGGGCAGAGUCUGAAACCGAGCUGGACGGGCUUACAUCGCGUAAAGAAGCAGAUCACUUCUUCUUCUUCCAGCCCAUCUGAACCUGCUUUAAAACUGACAGGUGCCCUGGGGUCCGAGCUGCCGUCGUCACUGCGGAGAUCCACGAGGGCCUGCUGGAAGAGCUCGCAACACUAUGUGCCGCCGCACGCUGCUCGGAAGUCGCUCUCCGUGCACUCGAUCUCGCACCCAUUGGCCCGGUGCUCGCACGCCGCCGCCAAGGGAUCCGCGACGGAACCGGCGUUGGAGCCAGGGCCCACGGGAUCUGCGACGGAGCCAGUGUUGGAGCUGGGGCACGGGGUCUGA